CGAAGCAGAGCACUCCUCUGUUCCGAUGAAUGGAUCUCAUCUAAAAAAACCAUCGUGUCUCUCUUCCCUGGUUCGAGCCGUCGAGAAGUGUGAACAAAAAUGGGGUUUCUCUUUGGUUUGUUCAUAGGAAUCGCAGUUUCUUUCGGUUUGGUCGUCGCAUUUGCUCGUUAUUCUAAUGUCAGAUCCACUCGUCGAGCUGAUUUGUUAAAUUGGCUUAAUCUUGAACUUGAAAAGAUCUGGCCUUAUGUAAAUGAGGCAGCUUCUGAGCUGAUUAAAAGCAGUGUGGAGCCAGUACUUGAACAGUAUACACCAGCUAUGUUAGCAUCUCUUAAGUUCUCUAAAUUUACUCUCGGGACUGUGGCUCCUCAGUUCACAGGAGUUUCUAUCUUAGAAAGUGAAAGUGGACCUAAUGGAAUUACAAUGGAACUUGAAAUGCAAUGGGACGGUAAUCCAAAAAUCGUGUUGGAUAUCAAAACCUUACUUGGCGUGGCUCUACCGAUUGAGGUGAAAAAUAUAGGAUUCACAGGUGUUUUCAGGUUGAUUUUAAAACCUCUUGUUGAUGAAUUUCCUUGCUUUGGGGCACUUUCUUAUUCCCUGCGCGAGAAGAAAGGGCUUGAUUUCACACUAAAAGUUAUAGGUGGUGAAUUAACUUCAAUUCCAGGGAUUUCAGAUGCAAUCGAAGAAACUAUUCGUGACGCAAUAGAAGACAGUAUAACAUGGCCUGUUAGGAAAAUCAUACCUAUAUUACCAGGAGAUUACAGUGAUCUGGAGUUGAAACCUGUUGGAAAAUUGGAUGUGAAGCUUGUGCAAGCAAAGGACUUAGCUAACAAAGACAUGAUUGGAAAAUCUGAUCCUUACGCUGUUGUAUUCAUUCGCCCAUUGCGUGACAAAACCAAAAAGACCAAAACUAUUAGUAACUCGUUGAAUCCAAUUUGGAAUGAACAUUUUGAGUUCAUUGUGGAAGAUGUCUCAACUCAACAUUUGACAGUAAGAGUGUUUGACGACGAAGGAGUUGGAUCUUCUCAGCUUAUCGGGGCUGCUCAAGUACCGUUAAAUGAACUCGUGCCCGGGAAAGUUAAAGAUAUUUGGUCAAAAUUAGUUAAGGAUUUAGAGAUCCAAAGGGAUACAAAAAAUCGUGGUCAGGUGCAGUUGGAGCUCCUAUAUUGUCCGUUAGGCAAAGAAGGUGGAUUGAAGAACCCGUUUAACCCGGACUACUCAUUGACCAUUUUAGAGAAGGUACUUAAGCCGGAAAGCGAGGAUUCGGAUGCUACGGAUGUGAAAAAACCGAUGACUUCGAAGAAAAAAGAUGUAAUAGUGAGAGGAGUGUUGUCUGUGACAGUGGUGGCUGCUGAAGACUUACCAGCUGUAGAUUUCAUGGGGAAAGCAGAUGCAUUUGUGGUAAUUACAUUGAAGAAAUCAGAAUCGAAAUCCAAGACGAGGGUAGUACCAGAUAGCUUGAAUCCGGUUUGGAACCAAACGUUUGAUUUUGUAGUGGAAGAUGCUUUGCAUGAUCUAUUGAUGCUAGAAGUAUGGGACCAUGACAAAUUUGGUAAAGAUAAGAUAGGGAGAGUGAUAAUGACAUUGACACGAGUGAUGUUAGAAGGAGAGUUUCAAGAGUGGUUUGAAUUAGAUGGAGCUAAAUCAGGGAAGCUUUGUGUCCAUCUCAAAUGGACUCCUAGGCUUAAGCUCAGAGACGCUUCUUGAUGAUUCCUUCUUGGCUUCUUCUUCUCUCGAUUACCACAUUGCUUUACUUUAUUUUUUUUUUUUAAUUUUAUUUUGUAAUUUUGUAAAAUGUGUUGAUGUUUGUUUCUUUGUCAAUUAUAUGGUUGUCCUUUCUUCCUUGCCACAUAAGAAACUAAUAUACAGUAAGUAUUAAA